GUCAUCAUCCCCCAAAAAUAGCCGUUAGGCCCAGAAAGAAGCCCAUGUUACAUUCGAGAUACUUGACCGUUAAUGCCAAAAACCUGCAUCCAUUUUCUCUUAAGCAACAGUUCAUUUCAUCCAAGAAACAGGGAAUCACAAUACAGAAUGGUGAAUGAAGAGGUGAAGAAAAGCCCCAGUAACGCAAAAGCCGAAGAUGGAGAAAAACGUGAGGCGUUGUUGUUCAGCCCAAGAUUCAGAUCAGUGGCUGCAAUGGCGGGUUGGGACGAAGAGGCGCUUUUGAUGGCUACUCUUAUUGUCGAAGACACUCCUGAAUCCCAACGUAAACAAAACAAACUUCCUGGUUUGCAGCGUUUUGUGACUCCGCCUUCUAAUUCCAGAAGGAAACGAAGGGCUCAGAAGAAGAGCCCUGCUUCCGUACGUGUUGUUGUUCUUGAUCUUGACGAUGAUGAUGAUGAUGACGACGCUGCAAAACAAGAAACUGAGAAGAAGAAGACAGAACCAAAAUCCACAGGAGAAGGAGAUAAGAAAGAGGCUGAAGCAUCAAAAGAACAAAGCUCUUCUGCUUCAGCCAAUCUCUGCAUGGAUCAACUUCGUGCAGAGCUUUCUUGCGCUAUUUGUUUGGAGAUUUGUUAUGAACCUAGUACCACUCCUUGUGGACACAGUUUCUGUAGGAAGUGUUUGCGAUCUGCUACUGACAAAUGCGGGAAGAAAUGCCCCAAGUGCAGACAGCUUAUCAGCAAUGGGAGGUAUUGCACUGUAAACACAGUCCUUUGGAAUACGAUUUAACUACUAUUUCCUAAAGAAGUAGAAGCAAGAAAAACAGCUGGAGCUUUAAAUAGUAGAGAAGCUCAGCAUCAAAGUCCAGCAAGAAUUGCUAAUCAUUCUAAUAUUUCAAGAAGUAGAAUAGAUAGGGUCCUAGCAUUACAUAGUCCAGAAUCUGGCUCUCGAGAUCCACAAAGAAGGAAUUCUCACAUUAUGAGAAGACAUAGUGUCAGGACAUCUGGGACAUCAAACGGAGGUGGAGAGAUUAGCCUAAGGGCAAGGAGAGAGUUACCACCAAGCCAAUAUCAGGAUGCUGCAUUAGCAUUGCGAUUGCAGAGAGAGGAGUUCACGAGGAACUUAAGGACAAGGCGUUCUGAUGAGCAGUAUAGGAAUUCUCUUGCUCUGGCCAGAUCGAAUUUGAGGGCCAUGGCAUCAAGAGCCAUUAACAACAUUCGUAUUAGAGACCGAAGAACAUAAACUUAGAUUUCCUAAUGUGAAGCCACUAAAGCAAUAGUGAAAACUAACCAAACUUGUAGAAUGAUGUAUUCUUGAUAGUUCAAACAAAGUAUUGGACCUCCUUGCCUGCUUGAAUUCUUAUGCAUGUUUUUUUAUUGAUAAACUCCGAGUGAGCAAGUCCAAGCUAUAAAUGUGUCUGCAGAAGACACGGCUGAAAACGGAGACCAACAAUUUCAUAAAGCACUGAGUUAAUCAUCCCUACUGGAAAGUCAUUGUGGCCACUUAAUCAUUUCGCAUCAACAACACAGCAUUUGAAGCAGCAUAUCUGUUUCUCUUUUCUGUCUAUGCUUUAUAGUUCUUGACAAUUAUUCCGA